AUGCACUUGAAGAUGCCCGAAUCUAAUCUCAGUGUCCUUCACAUCGGUCCCGAGUGGUCGCACAUCACGAAGUCGGCUCACUGCCCUGGGCCUACACUCUUCCCGGGAACUCGGCCGCCGCACUCCGCAGCAGUCUUACAAGUGAGGGAAGCACAGGCGGACCGCACGUCUCCAGGCGGGAAAGCAACUGCACCCGCAGUGGAGGAAGACCGGGCGAGACCGGCCUCAUGCGCGCUAGAGGCUUGCCCGAGGCCGGGAGCCCGAAGCGAGGUCACCCCGGCCGUUCUGGACGUCGGGCUGAGCCGGCGGACGCCCCCUGAGGAGCCGGUGCGCAGACCCCGGGCCAGCCGGGCACGGGUGUCCGAGGCCCGGACCACCUCGGCCGGACGGAGCGCAGCCGCGGACAGGCUGAGAGAGAUGAGGCGGACCCUUCUCGGCCCGGGCCGCCGCAGUCCCCAGGCGACUCGGCGCAAGCGACGCGAAACGAGGGGCGGACGGGACCACCCCCGAGGGAGACCAGAGCGGAAAGGGGGACGCGGAGACGCGCGCGGAGGGGAGGCCAGAGCGGCCCCGCACCUGUCUUCCUUACCUCACGGGCCCCCGCGGGCUCCGCGGUCAGCAGCACCCGGGAGGCAGCGGGGCAGCAGCCACAACAGUUGCGGGGGGUCCCGGCGCCAGAACGCGGGGAACGGGGCAGGGAAAGGGGCGGGGCGGAGGGAGCAAAAAGUUCCGGGGAAAGCCGGCGACCGCGACCUUCCGCGCUUUACGGCCCCCACAAGGGUACGCCGGCGCGAGAUCGCCCCGGCGCACGCGCGCGCCGUGACGUCCCCACGGCGGCCCCGCCCCUGCCACGUGGGGCUUGUUUGGGUCUCGCCAGGCCCCUCCCCGGGCCUCUGGGCGGCAGCUGGGGUGGUCCGGGGCGGUCUUGGAGCUCGGGCCGCCGACCCGGUUGACCUCUGCAGGUGCAGCCCUAGCCCAUUCCCCUACAAACCCAACCCCCCAGGGCCCCCACCCACCGGUGGUACCUGCCUGAAGCUGCCGGUGGGCCUGAAGGACACUGUUCCAGCCAGGUUGUCUGCCAGUCCAGCCUGCCUCCUUGAGAUUGUGAGUAGUUCUGUCUAGCCUGGGAAGCAAGCUGGACGGCUGAGCCAGGCCACACCCGGAGCGCCCAACAGGCCCAUGCUGUGGCCAGAGCCCUCCGCCAGGCUGGGGGGCCACCGGCCCGGCCUCCUGCCCGUGCUCCUGGCCCUCCUUGGCAUGGCCUGGACAGAGGCGCGGCUACUCCCGCUGCAGGAGGAUCAGGCUCCAACUCCUGGAGCCCUGAGCAGUAAGGAGGCGUUCCUGCUCCUCUCCGUACAUAACCGUCUGCGCAGCCGGGUGCACCCCCCCGCAGGCAACAUGCAGAGAAUGGACUGGAGUGACAGCCUGGCCCGAUGGGCUCAGGCCAGGGCGGCCGUCUGCGGUGCCCCAGCCCGGAACCCCGCGUCAGCACCUCGGGCCCUGAAGCAGGUGGGCUGGAACGUGCAGCUGCUGCCCGCGGGCUCGGCGUCUUUCGUCGGCGUGGUGGGCCUGUGGUUCGCAGAGGGGGGUUGGUACAGCCACGCGGCAGCCGAGUGUGCCCGCAACACCACCUGCGCCCACUACACUCAGCUCGUGUGGGCCACGUCGAGCCAGCUGGGCUGUGGGCGGCAUCGGUGCUCUGGGGCCCAGGCAGAGAUGGAAGCCUUCGUCUGCGCCUACUCUCCCGGAGGCAACUGGGAGGUAAACGGGAAGACCAUCGUCCCCUACAAGAAGGGCUCCUGGUGUUCGCUCUGCACGGCCAGUGUCUCCGGCUGCUUCAAAGCCUGGGACCAUGCAGGGGGGCUCUGUGAGGUCCCCAGAAACCCAUGUCGCAUGAGCUGCCGGAACCGUGGCCAUCUCAACAUCAGCACCUGCCACUGCCAUUGUCCCCCCGGCUACACAGGCAGAUACUGCCAAGUGCGGUGCAGCGUGCAGUGCGUGCAUGGCCGGUUCCGGGAGGAGGAGUGUUCCUGCGUCUGUGAUGUCGGCUAUGCGGGAGCCCAGUGUGCCACCAAGGUGCACUUUCCCUUCCACACUUGUGACCUGAGGAUCGACGGAGACUGCUUCCUGGUGUCUUCGGAGGCAGACACCUACUAUGGAGCCAAGAUGAAAUGCCAGGGAAAGGGCGGGGUGCUAGCGCAGAUCGAGAGCCAGAAAGUGCAGGACAUCCUCGCCUUCUACCUGGGCCGCCUGGAGACCACCAACGAGGUGCCUGACAGCGACUUUGAGACCAGGAACUUCUGGAUCGGGCUCACCUACAAGACCACCAAGGACUCCUUCCGCUGGACCACGGGGGAGCACCAGUCCUUCACCAGUUUUGCUUUUGGGCAGCCUGACAACCAGGGGUUUGGCAACUGUGUGGAGUUACAGGCGUCUGCCGCCUUCAACUGGAACGACCAGCGCUGCAAAACCCGAAACCGUUACAUCUGCCAGUUUGCUGAGGAGCACAUUUCCCGGUGGGACCCGGGACCCUGA